CUCCGCAAGGACGCGAUAGAGGCUGAAAUCGAUGCUCAAGCCUCCAUCCUGAGGAGAAACAAUGUGACGAUGCAAACACCUCUAGUCGAUGCAGAUGGCUUUCCAAGGGCAGAUAUUGACGUCUGGGAAGUGCGCCACGCGCGUGUCCGGAUAAUUGAGCUUCGUAACGAUCUGAGGGAUGUCAUGGAUUCGAUCGCGAAGGGUCUACAAGGCGUGUACGAUCCUUCCCUCGUCGCAGAGAAGGAUCACGGGGUCUCCGAUUCACCCGAAUUACAUCCUUUUGCAAGAGUUGACGGCAUUGCUCCAGGUAGCCCUGCUGCUACUGCCGGUCUCCUCAGAGAAGACUUGAUCCUUUCCUUCGGAAAUUUAACAAAGAGCUCUUUCACAUCCAAUACGUUGCAACCACUUGCAACUUUCGUUGCCUUGCAGGAAAACAGAGAAAUCUCCGUGAAAGUACUGCGCGCGGCGGAUGAGAUUGCUACACUAACCUUCGUCCCAAGGACGGGCUGGGGUGGCCGUGGAUUGUUAGGGUGUCAUAUCGUGCCAUACUCUUCUUGAGUGAGCUGACUACUCGCCUGCACGUGUAGCUACGUCUGUACUGUCAGUAAUGAGACCGGAGGCGAUAGCACAAAUAAAGGAAUAAAAGGAUAGCCAGGGUAGCCC